UCGUGGAUCGUGAAAAAUCAUCUUUAUCGAUUUUUCUUCUUUAUUUUUUUUUUAUAUGCUUACAUUCUCGCAACAACAGUGACUCUGUCCGAUAUUACUUAAAUCGCCGUGUUAUAUUAUAAGCUAAUUCGUGUUGUCGUUUUUUCAAAUACAAUCACAAUGGCAACGAUGAACCGAUCGGCGGUCGUGUCCGCCAUGACGUUCGCGGCAACGGUUGCGGUGGCAAUGUGUGGCAGAAGUAAAGGAUUCAACUUGGAUGAACACGUGCGACACCGGAGAGAGGCAGAAGCGGCGGUAGGUUCGGGAUACAUAUACAGAACGGACGGUCAAAAUCCUCCGGUUUUCAUUAAACUGGGCGAAGGCAACGAUCAAAAGUUCAACGACAUGUUAGAAAAUUUCAAAAGAGAGAAUGGGUUUCACGGGGCGCCAGACUACAUGCCGGUCGUGGGCCAAGAAGACCGGUACGCUCCCGGCAAAGACGGGUACGGCAGUAGAGGUUACGGUAAGCCGUUCGCGCAAAUGCACGACGACGAUUUGGGAUUUAAGUUCGAAAUGGGCGACAUGGACGAUAUCGCGGAUUUCGUGGACGGCCAAGAUUAUGACUAUAGCAAAGAGCAAGAAUACGAACACAGCAGCGGUGGCACGAGCUACGGCAUUGACCACGACAGUGCACCGUACAAAUAUCACCAUGACGUGUCGGGUAACGGCGGCGGAGGAGGAGGCUUGAAAGGCGACCUGGGACAGGGAGGACUAGAAGACCAGGGCUACUACGGGUCGCCGUACACGCACAACGAGUACAAGUCGCCGGGCAAACACUCGAAAUCGGGCGGAUCGUUCCAGAAGGCGGGCCAUUACUUCUCGGAAGGCAAUCAGGGCGACAGCGGUUUUAAGAGCCAUCGCGAUUACGACAAGGGCCACGCGGGCAAGUACGGCCACGACGACCUGAAGGGCCACUUCAACAAGGCGACCGGGCACAGCGCGGGCCACUCGGACGUGGCCGACCACUACGGCAAGCACCACAGCGGCACGCACGGCGUGGUGGGCCACAAGUUCGGCGAGACCGAGACGCACAAGAUGGGCCAGAAGACGACGGGUUUCCACAACGUGUACCACAAGGACGAGUACAACAAGGAGCAGAACUUCUACGAGGACGCGCACAAACACGGCAAACACGACAAGUACGGCGGCAAGCACAAGGACUUCACGCACCGGGACGGCGGCCACAAGAAGGGCGGCCACCACCAGGCGGGCUACGACGAGGCUCACAAGGGCGUGUCGGGCACGUUCAACAAGGGCGGCUACUACGACGGGCACAAGGGCCACAGCGGCGAAUCCGGCCACAAGUCGCACCAAGACCACAAGGCCGAAUACGACACCGUUUCGGACAACAAGAAAUACGGCGAAAACUAUGGCGGAGGCGACGAUUUCUACUAAAAAAAACCUACGACAAAUUACCACCAUUAGAGUGUUUUUUAUUUUUUUAACACGAUUGCCGGAAACCGACGGACAUACAAAUUUUGCCCGGUAUUUUUUUUUUAGUACAAAUAAUAAAAUCCAGUAGAAAUAUACAUUAUUACCAUAAUCUCGAGGCCCCCUGAACGAAAAAAUAACUAAGCCCCGAUAAUUUAUUUUACGACCAAUAACAACGACGAGACAAAAGCUCAAAAACAUACCUAUAUAUAUAAUAAAUAUAUUUGUGAGUUAAAACGUUAUUAUAGGGAUUUUCAACGCGAAUGCGAAAUUUAUUCACAGUGUACGUAAUAUUAUGAUAAAAACAUAGGCAUAAUACUAUUAUAAAUAUUCAUUUCGUACCGGCGGAUAUAAUACGUCUCAGUUAAUCAUCGAAACGGCGUAAUGUAUCGGCCACAACGCAAGACUUAAAUAAUAUGCCUUUGUACGAAAAACGAACGUGCUUUGCCUAUUGGGGCUAGCAAUCAUCCGAAUAAUGUAGUAAAUUAAAGAUUUUUAACCGCCAAAUGGCCUCUGACCGGUUUCACUUCUACAAUAAACACGUUUGGUCGACUUCACUCGAAUGAUAGGUAAUAAGUGUUAGAUGUAAUUAUUAACUUUAACUAGCUAAUGUACGACAUAUUAAAUAAGUAAGAAUUAAUAGAUUAGACAUUCUAGCGGGAAAUCAUUAGAACGGCCAGAUAACACAAACUAAACAAAGACCACCGAAUGUAUAUUUUAUUAUUUGUACAUUAAUGUUAUAAAUUGUACUUAUUUUUUUACUAUAGUUCACUGUUUACACAGUGCUUAAUAAUUAAUUAAUUCUACAUUCAAUAAAUAUACAUCAAUUAAUAUUUAUAACAGCCUUAAUUGGUAAUAUGAAACUUGCUUGUUUUCUAAUUGUAUGUAGAUUAUUAUAAAUUAUAUAAUUAUACAUAUUAAUUUUUUUUACUAAUACUGUGUUAAAUAUAUACGAACACGUUUUUAUAAUUGUAAUAAUUAAUAUAUUUUUUAUGGAAUUAUCAGUAAUACACAACUAUCCUAACUAACCUAGAUAAAUUUGAACUAUCACUUAUCAAUUGCGAAUACAUAUUUUGGUAAAUAUGCCAAGUGUUGAGCGAAAUAAUGUGAUAUAUUCGCCAUUAUGGAUUCAUGUAUUCAAAUAAUUAAUAUAAUAUUAUAGUGUAUGAUGUAUGUGUAUAUGAUU